UAUUUGCAGCAGCAGGAAGAAAAGGCUGGGCUGGGCAAGAAAUGGAAGAACUUAUUUAUACAAAGGCCAGUUCUUUGCUUUUUUUCUAAUGCUAUUUAAAAUAAACGGAUGCUUUUAGAACAAGAAGUUCUGUAGAAUGUUUACAAGUUUAUUUGUUUUUAGUGCCAAUCUUUUAUUUCCGCGUACUUCGCCUGGAGUUAGGAGGACGGGCGAGAGGAGCAGCGCUUCCCAAACUUCUGGUUUUCAUUUCUCCUGGUCAUUUCUCCUGUCACAAGAUGAUUGAAACGUUGGCAGCAAGUGAGACUCUGGAAUUGCUGCGGCAGCUGAGUGUGUUACUGGAUCAAGAGUUAAGAUGUCAGCCAAAGUUAUCUGGCCUGAGAGUAAUUGAAUCUGCUCACGAUAAUGGGCUCCGGAUGACGGCAAGGUUGCGAGACUUUGAAGUGAAGGACCUGCUUAGUUUAAUUCAGUUCUUUGGCUUUGGUACAGAGACGUUUUCUCUUGCAGUGAACUACUUAGACAGGUUUCUGUCAAAAAUGAAGGUACAGCCAAAACACUUGGGCUGUGUUGGGCUAAGCUGCUUCUACCUAGCUGUGAAAGCGACAGAAGAAGAGAGGAAUGUUCCAUUAGCCACCGACUUAAUUAGAAUAAGCCAGUACCGAUUCACAGUUUCCGACUUGAUGAGAAUGGAGGAGAUUAUUCUGGAGAAGCUGUGUGGUAAAGUGAAAGCAACGACUGCCUUCCAGUUUCUGCAACUUUAUCACUCGGUCCUACACGGCAGCCUAACCUAUGAAAGGAAGAAACAUCUUAAUUUUGAGAGACUUGAAGCCCAGCUCAAGGCAUGUCACUGCAGGAUUGUUCUUUCGCCAUCUGUCUUGGCUCUCUCAAUAUUGGUCCUGGAAGCUGAAGAAGAAAAACUGCCAGAAUUGGAGGCCACCAUAGAACACCUUCAAAUACAUUCCAAGAUAAAUGGCAGAGAGCUGUCUUUUUGGAAAGAGCUUGUGUCAAAGUGCCUUUUGGAAUACUCCUCAAGCAAGUGCUCCAAACCAAAUGUUCAGAAGCUGAAAUGGAUUGUGUCCGGCCGCACGGCACGGCAGCUAAAGCACAGUUACUACAGAAUCGCCCAUCUUCCCACCAUCCCAGAAAGUGGUUUCCUAAAAGAGAAUCCAUAAGAGAAGAUGGGAGUGCAGAUUUGGCUAGGAUCUCCUUUUGUACUGGAGCAGAGAAUCAGCUGGAUAUAUCUUGAACCCUGCUGAAAACCAAUAUCCAUGCUCAUUUUAAAAUGUCGCUACCCGUUAUAUCAGUACUGUUCGUUUUUAACCCCUGAUGAUGAAGAAUGAAGAUACUCUUACAGAAUGAUCCCUGAGCCUAAAGCAUAGAUAGACCUAUGGCAGCUAUUCAAGUGUUUCAUUCUGACUUCUGGAGGAAAGUGAAAUUCAUUCUACCAUUAGUGUUUGAUCGUACACAUUUCUACACAGACUUUUUAACAUGUUCAGACCACGUUUAAGCAAGUGAAACUUUAAUGUCCCAACUGAAUCCAGGAUUCUGAAACUUCUUGAAAUAAUGAUGCACUUUAAAAGUACGGAACUGGAUUAUAUGUCUGUGCCAAGACUAAAUCAGAUGGGUAUUGCAAGUGUUUGAGUUAAACUAUGAUGUUUUUAGUGUGUUCUAAGCACCAGGGUAUUAGAAGUAAAGUAUAUGUGACUAGCACCACUUCACUGCACAAGUGUAAAUGCUGCUUAAUGUCUGCUUUUUUAAAAAACACAGUUUGAAACUUUACAAUGUUCACUGACACUUAAGCUGAGGUAAGAAUGUAGGUCAAGCAUUGGGACAUUAGCACUACCUAAAAAUAGAAAGGCUGUCUGAGACGCUUCGUCCAAAGUCUGUACUGAGUUAAACAGUUUAAAAAUGUGUGGAAGUAGGAAGUGUGAAAGGCAGUCCUUGGGUACAUCUUGGGGAACAUGAUAGUGACUGGUUAAAACAUGUGAGGUGUGGAUUGCAGUAGAACAUUGCGUUAGGUUGGUUUUAUAAACCUCAUACAUAAGCUUGUUUUAUUUUAAGCUGGAAAGUGUUUCUGGAAGAAGAUUGCAUAAUGUGGCAAUGACUGGGUUUUACCAGAAAAGGUCCCCUUGAUGCCAGUGUGAGCCAGUUAGGUCUAGAUACCACCGAUGAGUAUUGGAAAGUUUAAAUGGACAGCUGAGGUGGGGAAGAAAACAUGAGCUAACUUUUUAGCAUCGUGGCCACUUGAAUGCGGAUAUAGCAGCCUUGGGAGUGAUGAUUUGGGAGCACAGUAUGAAGGAAAGUAAUGCUUAGUGCAGUUUUGCCAUAAGGCUGUGAAUGAUGUACUGAAACCCUGUGCCACUGUACAUCAGAAGUAGCUUUCCUACCUUGGCUGAAUCAUCACCUCUACAUUACUUACUCUGAAUGGCAUCCACUUCUAGUCUAGGUGUCUUCCAGCUGUUAACUGGGUUCGUAACUUAUUCUGUAGCUGUAUUAAUGAAUGUAGCCGCCUGUCUAAAUACGUAUAUGGUCAUUUCUACCUGUGUUGAAGCUGCUGGCCUAAAACUCUUUGUGAUAAAGUAUUCUAGAGCUUCAAUACCAACUUCUACCUCAAUACAAGCUACUCAAAAUGAAGUGAUAGAAUGUUUCCUUAAACCAUUGGUUUCCGAGUGACCAUACCAUGAAACUUACUGAUGCAUUGAUAUCUCCUAACAUGUGCCUUUUGCCAUCUGGAUAUAGAGGUGGGUGGAGAGAGAAUUUAGAAAUCUAUUCUGUGUGAGUCAGGGAAUGCUGCAACUAGUUAACAAGUGCCAUUAUGCCUUGUAAGAAACAGUGUGCCUUUCAAUAAAGCAUAUUGAAAUGGAA